AUGAGUAGAGGUGGAUCAGCACCAGCUUUGGAAAUCUUCGUCGUUUACACUCCAACAUCAAGCUACGGAGAAGAAGAAGUCGAAGCUUUCUAUAUGGAUCUGGAGAAGUUCUACAGAGAAGAUCAUACGUUCUACAAGUUCAUAAUUGAAGUAUCGCGAGAGUACAAUACACCGCUGUGUCUCACUUUCAUCGAUUUAGAAAAAGCAUUUGAUACAGUUGAGACCAAAGCGGUCAAGGAGGCCUUGGACAACCAAAGCGUCCUUGCUCCAUAUAUAAAGUUGAACCUAGACAAGAAGACGAUUAUAAGGAACGGAUGGGUCCCUGAUGCCCCAUUCACGUUCAGCGGAACGAACACAUCCGAAUGCUCCAGCUAUGUAUGCCUAGGUCGGAAAAUCAACAUGAUGAACAAACUGACCGAGCUGGUCAGAAGAAAACGAGCGGACUGGGGAGCAUUCAAAAGCAUUGAGAAAACGUGA